UGCAGAACGCCGUGUUCUUUGUAUCACCAUGUCGGCUACCCUAAGUUCAGGUUUAGAAAUGAACUUGAAUGAUCUUUGCAUCACGCUUUUUACAUGUUUCUAGAUAAUCAUUUAGAAAUUACAGCUAAUAUCUUGUAAAGCGGUUUUUUUUUUUCUGUGUUUUGACAAGGACACCUUUUCUCGAAAUGUUUGACCUUAAAGAUGGAUGGAAUCUUUCUUUCGCCGGGUGCGGUUUCUUAGGAAUCUAUCACAUCGGCGUCGCCAGUUGUCUGCUGGAGCAAGCCCCGUACCUCGUUAAAGGAGCGUCUAAGAUCUACGGAGCCUCGGCCGGUGCGCUCACGGCUACCAUGCUGGCCAGCGGCGCAUCCAUAGCGCAGUGCUGCGAGGACGUGUUCGAGAUGUCGAAGGAGGCUCGCCGCCGCAACCUGGGCCCCCUGCACCCGCGCUUCAACCUGCUGAAGGUCCUGAGGGCCGGGCUGUCCCGGGUCCUGCCUGCGCAGGCCCACGCGCUGGCCUCCGGGCGCCUCUGCGUCUCGCUCACGCGCGUGUCCGAUGGGCGCAACGAGCUGGCGUCCCGCUUCGACUCCAACGAGGAGCUCAUCCAGGCGCUGAUAUGCAGCUGCUUCAUCCCCGUCUACUGUGGCCUGAUCCCGCCGUCCUUCAGAGGAGUGCGGUACGUGGACGGCGGCAUCAGUAACAACCUCCCGCAGUACGAGACGCGCAACACCAUCACGGUCUCCCCGUUCGCCGGAGAGAGCGACAUCUGCCCGCGCGACGGCUCCUUCAGCCUGCACGAGCUGCGCUUCACCAACACCAGCAUCCACGUCAACCCCGGCAACAUCUGCCGCCUGACCCGGGCGCUGUUCCCCCCCGAGCCCAAAGUGAUGGCAGAGAUGUGUCAGGGUGGGUACGGAGACGCCCUUCGCUUCCUCAGAGAGAACAAUCUGCUGAUGCGGGACAGUCCGUCUGCAGGUCUCUCCGUGUCUGAGCUCAAGCAAAGCACGUCCGCCUGCUGCUGCUCUGGACCCGGGGACAGCCAAUCGGUGCCUGGCGAGGCCGUAGUCACGGAGACGGCCACAGAGUGGGUGCUGAGGAGGCUCCGCCUCCUGAGGAAGAGGCACUGGUGGCUGGAUGAGCAGAUUAUCCACACCCUGCCUGCGCCCCUCAAGAAAGUGCUGUGUGAGGCAUGUAGGGAGAAGCACAGCCUCUACUCUGGGGUGACAGAGCUGUUCCCUGUGCGCAUGGCCUCCUACAUGCUGCUGCCCUACACCCUCCCUGUGCAGUCUGCGUACUGCAUGGCCCAGAGGCUGGUGGAGUGGAUACCCGAGGUGACAGAGGACAUGAGGUGGCUGUAUGGGGUGGCUGGCUCUGUGUGCAGACAGGCGUGGAGAGGAGGAGCUCCCAGCAUGGGCAGUGAUGUCCCGGUCAGGAGGUGUGUGAGUCUGCCUCCCUCUCUGGAGGGUACAGAGUCUGUGACAGAGUGGGACGGGUCCCGGCUCCUCGCCUCCACAGACCUCCCGAGCGUCCCCUCCCUUCCCACAAUCCCCUCCGCCGACCUCAGGACUCACGGCCACUCCCCUGAGCAGAUCCGCUUUUCCAUCGGCCCGGGGGACGAUUCGGACCCCCCCCUCCCCUGACCCGCUGGAUGGAUGGUACCUUUAGGGGGUUGUCUGGCCAAAUCUUAUUCCAAAAAGUGCUGGUCAGUGUGGGUGCAGGGUCUUGAUUUAGCCUAGCACUGUGACACCGACAAAUUU